AUGCAUUUCUCUUCCUGGACACCACUUAUGGUUUCUCUUCUUACGAUAUCCGCCAAUGCCAUUCCUAUUCUAGAAGUCCGCAAGAACGGCGGCGGUGGUGGUGGAGGUGGCGGAACCACUACCACAAGAGGCGGUCCUGCAUCAGCAAAAGUCACGUUAUACAGUCAAUACACCUGCGUCGCACCGAACACUCCUCCACCCACAGAUGGUAGCGCAGGUACAACCGUCUCUUUCAGCGUCACAGAAGCUCAAUGCACAAUCCCAAGCACGGGACUGCAGUUUGGUGGAGCCUUGACAGCAAGUUUGACUGCAACGCCCAAGACAGGAACAGUUGGAUGUUACAUCGUUGGUCACAGUCAACAAGGUUGUGGUAUUGUACUCUCAAACCAGAUGCAUGGAUGGCCCGUGGGAGGAAUCAAUGUUGGAGAUUCGCUUGGCUGUGGUAACCCACCAUCUGGCACUUCGUAUCUUGCUUUUGAGAUUAUUUGUCAAUAG